AUGGACCUCGUGGUGAGCACCAAUUCCAAACAGGAAACAGCCAAAUGGAUGGAUGAUCAUUGGGAUCACAGAAACCCACAGUCUUUCCUCUGGUUCUCUGUAUCCAUGGGCCUUUCUGGCACGCAUUGUGGACCAGGUAUCAACGAUCUUUCCGGAGAAGUAGGAUCCGACAGAAAUGCCAACAAAAGGAGAAGCAAAGAACACUCCAAUCAUUUCUCCAGACAUGUUGUAUGGAGGAGAUGCGAGGAUAUCUGCCAAUGUAGCGUUGACAACAUUGAACCAGGAAAGAACAGCUCCAACAACAAGUCCUCCGAACGCAAUGGCCGGGUAUCUGACCAAAUAGAACGGAAUCCACAUCGAUUGGAAGAACGUGUUCUUCUGGUCGGGAUUGCGUGCUCCCCAGAACUUGAGCUUCUCCAUGAACGUUUUUCUCGGCGCAGGGUUGCGAUGGUACAUGGUUUCCUCGAGGAAAAAGAAGAUGAACACCCAGCAACCGGCAGCAAUGAUGGACCAAAUGUAUGGAAUCCAUUUCCAUCCCAGUCUGUCCACAAUGUAUCCAGCAGGGAUACCACACAGGAAAGGAAUGUUGAACAGGGUCCAGCAGUACCAGGCGAUCCAUCCUCCACGUUCAUGAGCGAAGAAAACGUCGGAAAUGCAAACUUCAAUCAGCGUUUCAAUUGGGCCAUAGAAAGAGCCAACCAAAAUUCUGUUGAUGUACCAUUCACCAGUACUUUUAACAUAGGCCGACCAGAUGGUGCACAAUAA